AUGGACGACGCUUUUCCACCGGUCGUCAAGGAGCUGUUGGAGCCAUCGGAGCCAUGGCACUACUGCCGAAAGAAACGCGGCUGCCAUCGCGACCUGGCUAAGCUAAAUCAUUACUGUGCCGCUUCUCACUACGGCUGCACAUGGGGAUUUACGAUAUAUAGGACCGUCUACACACCAGAGUCAGACGAGCUAUUCCCAAAGGCCCUCGAAGUUCUGAACAAAAUUGUGCGGCGAUAUACACAUGUUCAGAUUGACUGGGUAAGGCCCGUCUGGAACCCGGACCCGGCGCCCAACAACGAGCUGCUACGGCGCUUUCGCAACGAGGUGAUUGAGGACCCCGUCGCCUUGAACAACGCGACAGUGGAGGCUAUUGCCGCUCGGUUCCGCGCAUUUGCCGAGGAGCUCAGCCCGUGUCCAGGGUACGAAAACGAGGACACGCGCUACAGGGUGUGUCUCAUGGUGGAUGAGCAGGCGAUGAGGAACCUGCUGCGCGUGCCCGAGUACGAAGAGCGCGACGACAAGGGAGCCGCGUAUUUUCUGUGCUGUCCGGUCAUUUCGACCUGGGCGGAUGAGGGGGACGGACUCGGCGUGUUCUGGUUCUACGGCGCGUGGAAACUCCUGCCGAGCCUGUGGUUCGGGCUCCUGGACGUACCGCUCUACCUGGUCGUGACCUCGGACCCAGUCAGGCCAGGAGUGCUGUGGCACGCAGGACUUGGGGCAGAGGAUUCGGACAAUUUUAUGUCAGCUCCUUGGCUGGGGGAAACUGGGGAAGCCUGGUUGCCCUGGUUGUGCGAAUAG